CCAGAAUUUUUUGCCAACAUAGGGCAAAGACCGUAUUAUAAGCCUCGGCUCAGCAGUAUCUGGAGGAAACACACCAAAACUCACUCGGCAAGACCCUGCUGUAGUGACUGCAUUAGGAGGACAUUUCAUCUCCUGGAGGCUGCUAUACAUCCUUUGUUCCUAGGGACAUCAACAAAGAUUGGCGUGAAGAAAAUUUUUCAGGCUAAGGUACCUGCCAAGAUGUUCCACUUGCAGGGUCCACAGAUGCUGAAGAUGCUAGAGAAAUCCUUGCAGAAAAGCCUCCCUGAGUCCUUAAAGGUUUAUGGAACCGUCUUCCACAUGAACCAAGGAAAUCCGUUCAAUCUGAAGGCUGUGGUGGACAAGUGGCCUGAUUUUGAAACAGUGGUUAUCCGUCCUCAGGAGCAGGAGAUGACAGAUGACCUUGAUCAUUACACCAAUACUUACCACAUUUAUUCUAAGAACCCCAAGAAAUGUCAGAAAUUCCUUGGCUUACCAGAAGUCAUCAACUGGAAACAACGUUUGCAGAUUCAAAGUUCACAGUCCAGUCUGGAUACGGCGAUAGAAAAUCUUGGAGCCAUUAAUUCUGGCAAGGUCAAGCACACACAAAAUUUUCUCUAUAUGUCACUCAAGACAGCAAAGGAAUUGAUCCCUUCAAUACUGGAUGCAAAGAACUUACCUAACUCUGACAAAAUGAUGAAGUCCAUCAACCAAGAGAUGUUCAAAUACUCAUCCCUGGAUGUUACCCAUGCUGCCUUGGUGAAUAAAUUCUGGCUUUUUGGUGGCAAUGAGAAAAGCCAGAGAUUCAUCGAGCGCUGUCUCCGGGCCUUCCCCAGCUUCUGUCUGCUGGGGGCUGAGGGGACCCCUGUGUGCUGGUCUCUGAUGGACCAGACUGGAGAGACGCGGAUGGCAGCCACCGUGCCAGAGUACCGAAACCAGGGUCUCGUCGCCCAUGUCGUCUAUACCCAGGCGCAGACUCUGGAAAAACUUGGCUUCCCCGUGUAUUCUCAUGUGGAUAAGACCAACCACUUCAUGCAAAGAGCUAACAUAAAUGUCAGUAUCCCCAUGCCCUGUGAUUGGAACCAGUGGAACUAUGUGCCUCUGUAAAGCCGGCCCAGAAAAUAAGACAGUGUUGGGCGGGUUGUGCAGGUGGCUGGAGGAGUGGAUGGUGGAUAGACAGAAAGAAUAAAGUGUAAUGGAGUGGA